AUGGCGAUGCAUGAUGAGAUCAACGACUCUCCCAUCGAGCAAGUGAGGCUGACUGUUCCCACAACCGAUGAUCCAACAUUGCCUGUCUUAACGUUUCGGACAUGGGUUUUAGGACUCAUAGCAUGCAGUCUUCUCUCGUUCGUGAACCAGUACUUCCAUUACCGUCAAAACAGGAUCUUUGUGUCGGAUCUUGUGGCCCAGAUCCUCCUUUUACCGGUUGGGAAGCUGAUGGCAAGGACAAUGCCAACAAAUUCCAUAAGAGUUCCAGGGACAAUAUGGACAUUUUCUUUGAACCCAGGGCCAUUCAACAUAAAAGAGCAUGCCUUGACAGCCAUCUUGGCGUCUGCGGGUGCUAGUUCGCCUUAUGCGGUAGAGAUUGUUUCUCAGUCGAAGGUUUUCUACCAUAUGAAGAUAGAUCCAUGGGCUGCUUUGCUGUUAAUCCAAACCACUCAGAUGUUGGGUUAUGGAUUCGCUGGACUGUUUAUGAAGCUGCUUGUUGAAUCUCCUUACAUGUGGUGGCCUAAUGUACUCAUUUCUAUUUCUUUUUAUAGGGCAUUGCAUGAGGUUGAAGAAAGAUCCAAGGGACAAUUAACAAGACUUCAGUUCUUUUUUUUAGUCUUAAUAUCAAGCUUCGCCUAUUACAUUAUCCCUAACUAUUUCUUUCCUUCUAUAACCGCCCUCUCAUUUAUGUGCUGGUUUUGGAAGGACUCGGUCAUGGCCCAACAACUUGGUGCUGGUUGGAGUGGUCUUGGCCUUGGCUCAUUUGGCCUAGAUUGGUCGACAAUAGCGACUUUAGGAAGUCCUUUAGCUUAUCCUAUGUUCACCAUCGUAAACAAAUUGGUUGGGUUUAUCAUAAUCCUUUAUGUAGUAACACCCAUUGCUUAUUGGACUAAUCUAUACAAUGCGAAGCGAUACCCGAUUUUCUCUUCGGAUUUGUUUGAUGACAAUGGACAACUAUACAACAUCUCACGAAUUUUGGAACAGAAAGAGUUCAAAUUCGAUCAGAAGGCCUAUGACAACUACUCAAGAAUCAAUUUUAGCACCUUCUAUGCUCUUAAUUACGGAUUCAGCUUUGCCUGUAUAACGGCUACUCUCACUCAUGCAGCUCUUUUCCAUGGAAGUUCGAUAUGGAGUCAGCUAAAGGAGGCUCAUGGAGACCAAAAGCUAACCAGUGAUAUUCACAAUCAGUUGAUGAAGAAGUACCAUCCUAUCCCUCAAUGGUGGUUUCAAGUAAUUCUUGUUGGCUCGGUUGGUAUUGCAAUUUUCACGUGUGAAGGAUUUGGAGGGCAACUUCAACUGCCUUUCUGGGGGAUUCUCCUAGCAUGCGCUUUAGUUUUGAUUUUCGUAGUACCCAUUGGUGUAAUUCAAGCUACAAGCAAUCAGCACCUUGGCUUAAGUAUAAUUACGGAGUUAGUAAUGGGGUAUUUGUACCCGGGCAAGCCUAUUGCUAACAUGGCUUUCAAAUCCUAUGGCAUGGUGAGCUUGAUUCAUGCCCUCUCCUUCCUUUAUGUUCUUAAGCAAGGACACUACAUGAAGAUUCCUCCAAGAUCAAUGUUCAUUGUUCAGGUAGUAGGCAUGUUGAUCUCUUCCACCAUUAGCUUCGGCACGGCAUGGUGGAUACUCUCGACAGUGAAGAACAUUUGUGAACCGAAGCUGCUGCCGCCGGGAAGCCCAUGGACAUGCCCCACCGAACGUGUCGUCUUCAGUAUUACAAGCACUUGGGGUAUCGUUGGCCCGUCCCGUAUAUUUGCCCCAUUUGGCCUGUACAAGCACGUCUACCUUUUCUUCCUCCUCGGCGCACUCGCACCCGUGCCUGUGUGGCUUCUCUCACGUAAGUUCUCCGAGAAGAAGUGGAUCAGACUCAUCCACUUCCCAAUCAUACUGGGGGCUACUGCAAACAUGCCUCCCAUAAGGGCUGUCCAUCACUGGUCUUGGUUAGUGGUAGGUUUCCUAUUUAACUAUGUUAUAUAUAGGAAGUACAAUGGGUGGUGGAGCAGGUACAACUAUGUGUUAUCAGCUGGGCUGGAUGUUGGGAUUGCUUUUACUGCUCUUUUGGUAAGCUUUGCUCUCCAGAAUAUCUAUGGAGUGAAAUGGUGGGGUUUGGAAUUGGGAGACCAUUGCCCUCUGGCUCAGUGCCCAACGGCCCCAGGUGUAGAGGUUUAUGGGUGCCCAGUUUUUCAUUGAUUA